ACUCUGCGGGAGAAAAAAAAACUGCUGUCAGUACGGCAGGUGCUUGGCCUAGUUUCGGAUAUAAAAACCCGAAUGGGGCUUCCAGGACUAUGCACUUUUGCAAGCAGCAGCGGUAGUUAGUUGCACCGACUGUGUCUGUUAUAUCUUCCUCCGGACUAAGGCGCUACUGUAUAUACAUCCGGCCUCAUGGGCGUUUGAGAAAGUUAAUGAAUCUAGAUUUUCGUCAACCUCCCGCAUCUCAGAUACUCUCUGAAGGUCGACAGAGUUUUGAAAGUCUACUAGUGUGCUGACAAAGUGGUUAAUCUUCGAAACCAACGGCGACAUGAUGGCCACUGAAAUGGCAGUGGGUUUCGGCCAUCAGGGCAUGACGGCAGUCAACUUCGGCCAUAACUUCCCGCUACAUCAGCACCAUCAGAUAGACGGGUAUGAUUACUACACCCAUCAGCCGGCCAGGAGCUACCAAGAUCACGUGAUGGUGGCACAACACAACCAACACCACGAUGAGGUGGAUGAGGAGGACAUAGAAGAUGAAGAUAUCGAUGAGGAGGAGGAGGAGGAGAGCGAGAAUGAGUCCAUGUACACCUCGGCCGACAUGGACUCGGAGGUCGCCAGCGAGGAUCUAGCGGAGCCCGAGCCCAACGUUGCCGAGCAGCUCCUGGAGUUCGCCCAGGCCGUCAAUCGAGACAUCCAGAAGUACUUUGGCCGGAAGAAGAGUGCGCACGAACCCGACUCGUCGGUGGGGACUGUGUACGAGGACCGCUUCGCCUCGGGCAAGUCGGGACGGGAGCUGUACUACGCCGACCUGCUGAGGGUGGCUCAAAAUGGCGACGCGGCCGAACCGUACAGCACAGGACGCGGGAGGAGGACUGAUGCUUCCAUAUCGCCUCGUGCAUCUACAUCAUCCGCAUCAUCAGCAGCGGAAAACGCAGAUGUGAUCAACGCGAACUAUUCCUGUCAGAAAGGGCUGGGGCCCUUGAAGGAGCUGUUUGAUUUUGCCAUCGGGGGCUGCAUGGACAGCAUCAGUAAUGACCGCCGGGACGGCCACUGGCAAUCUCAGGACUCCUCCUCCUCCCAAAAAUGCUUCCCGACGUUACCAUGGAGAAAGCGGGCCCUGCCCAGUAGCUUCUUCGUGGAGCCUGGUUCCCGUGGUCAGCCCCGUAAUGGCUCUGUUGGCUACGGCUCGCAUGUGACCAUGAUACCAGAACACGAGACACCAGACUUCAGUGACCUUGUUGCCAACUUCACCUCCGAUUAUGACAACCAGCUAACAGCUACAACUGUUAGCCAUUGAGACAGGACACAUAAUGAUGCGUCAAUUAAAGAAAAACACCACGCCAUUCUUUCAAAGUACUUAAAUUCCAGACGCCAUUAUUGCAUGGUACAAUUUAAUAUAGGGGAAAAAACUGUCUAAUAAGUUAACCCACCAUUCUGUUUCUGAUCACGAUAUAGAUGUGAGUUGUGGGAAGGGCCAGGAUUGGCCUUUCCCUGUGCCCUUUUGCCUACGAAUUCCCAUUGUUAAUAAAUCUUUAGAUAAACUGAACGACGAAUAAGCUGAUUAAGCUGUGUAGGCCUACACCGUUCAGUACAAUGAAUUUAUUAUGUGCAUUUUAGCGACCUCAUCUUAACGAAAGCCUAUGCUUGUUUACUGCCUGCAGAGCCUCCCAGUACUUUGCAAAACGCAGUUUCCAUGAAAUUAAUUAUUUCUGUUAAAUUUUCCGAUUGAAUACCAACGCUAAAAUUUCCUAGAAUGUAAAUCCAUUAUAAUUAUCGUUUCCAUACUGUAAGCGAAAAUGUCUUGCUCUUCUGAAACAUCAAAUGCACAUAGGCGUCGCCAGAAUUUUUUUCGGGGGGGGGGGGGAAGCACAUUUUCUUCCCGAA